ACGUUACGUGCGCGUUGCUCAGAUUUGCUUCUCUCCUCCCCUAGCAAACCCUCAUGUAAACUAGAAUUGGAAAAAUGGUGGCCAGCGUCAGAGUGCAGAAGCUCCUCCGACGAUACAAACUAGCGAUUGCCGCCGCGUUAACGAUUCUUCUGAUUCAAGGGCUAGUAGUAUGGAGUCUGAGAAGUCUCGAAGAGGGCGAGGCGGAGAGGAAAACGCGGCGGUCCAAGCUACCUGACCACAACAGCCAGGACCCCAAAAGGGAGGCAGUGGCCUGGGAGAGACAGAACGCAUUGUCUGGGAGGAGCGGGGCCCGAUGGAACAGCAGGCUGGAGAGGACGGGGGCCACGGCUGCCAGCGCCCUUCAGAGGGGCACCAAGCGCCGGGGGAAGCACACCAUCAGGGUGAAGAUGCCCCUGGGCCAGGGUGUAGCUGUUGAUGGCGUUCCCCCCCAUGACCCCUCCAGCAGCCGUAACUUCACUGAUACCCGGGGUGGAGGGGAGGGGGCGGCCAGACUACCCCCUCCAGCCAUGCCAGGGGAACCAGGCAGUGUGGAGGGGGCGCCCCAAGCCCCCAGCAGCGACUUUGUGCCCAAGUGUGACAUCAUGGGCAAGGACGCCCUGUCGGCCCUGCACCGCGCAGGCUCGCGGCAGUGCCGGCAGGAGAUCGCCAACAUUGUGUGCCAGCAUCAGGCCGAGCAGCUCAUGCCAAGGGCACUGCCUCAGUUCUGCCCGCUGCACGGUUUUUCCAGCCCGGUCCAGACAGCUGAUGAGCUGGACAAUGACCUGUCCAAGGUGGAGAACCCGGUCAGGGUGGCCUUCGUCCUGGUGGUCCACGGCCGGGCCAUCAGGCAGCUCAAACGCCUCAUCAAAGCCAUAUACCACCGAGACCACUUCUACUACAUCCACGUGGACAAGCGUUCCGACUACCUGCAUCGGGAGGUGCAGCAGAUCGCCCAGCAGUACCCCAAUGUGCGUGCCACGCCCUGGCGCAUGGUGACCAUCUGGGGCGGUGCCAGCCUGCUGAAGGCCUACCUGCGCAGCAUGCAGGACCUGCUCUCCAUGCUGGACUGGAAUUGGGACUUCUUCAUCAACCUCAGUGCCACUGACUUCCCCACCAGGACCAACGAUGAACUGGUGGCUUUUCUGUCACAGCACAGAGACCAGAACUUCCUCAAGUCACAUGGGCGGGAGAACGCGAGGUUCAUAAAGAAGCAGGGUCUGGACCGGCUGUUCCAUGAGUGUGACAACCACAUGUGGAGGCUGGGUGAGCGGACCAUCCCAGAGGGCCUGGAGGUGUCUGGGGGCUCUGACUGGUUCUCCCUCACCAGGCGCUUCGUAGAGUAUGUCAUCAACUCCCAGGAUGAGCUGGUGGCGGGCCUGAAACAGUUCUACACCUACGCCCUGCUCCCCGCUGAGUCCUUCUUCCACACAGUGCUGGGGAACAGUCACAUGUGUGACUCUCUGGUGGACAACAACCUGCGUGUUACCAACUGGAACAGGAAGCUGGGCUGUAAGUGCCAGUACAAACACAUAGUGGACUGGUGCGGCUGCUCUCCCAACGACUUCAAACCACAGGACCUCGUCAGGAUACAGCAACUGACCCGGCCCACGUUCUUUGCCCGAAAGUUUGAGUCAACGGUGAACCAAGAGGCCAUAGACAUCCUGGACACCCACCUGUAUGGACACUACGCCCCAGGGACAGUGGCCAUCAAGGCCUACUGGGAGAGCCUGUUUGAGCUGGCGGACGGGGUGGGCUCCCUCAGUGACGUGGCCCUCACGGCCUACUCUUCCUUCUUCCGCCUGGGCCUCAGGAGCCUGGAGAGCAGCCAGACCAGCCUGGAGACCUGCAGGUAUGAGCCAAUAGGCUACCCGGUGUCGGUGCACCUCUAUUUCUACGACGAGCGUUUCCAGGGCUACUUGGUCCGUCAGGAGGUGCAGAAGGUGGGGUCUAGGGUCAGGGAAACGGUGGAGGUGUGGGCCGUGCCUCAGGCCACCAUGCAGCUAGAGAACAACCUCAGGGAGUUUGAGAGGCUCAAGAACCUGGAGGUGGGCACAGAGUGGGACCCCAAGGAGAGAAUCUUCCGGAACUUCGGCUGUGUGAUCGGGCCGCUGGACGAGCCGGUGGCGGUACAGAAGUGGGUUCGGGGGCCCAACCUCACUGCCACCAUUGUGUGGAUCGACCCCGCCCAGACGGUGGCGGCGUCUUAUGACAUCAGUGUGGAUGUGGACGCAGAGUACACGCAGUACAAGCCCCCGCUGCAGCGCCCGCUCCGCCCCGGGGCCUGGACAGUCAGGGUGCUGAGGCUGUGGGAGCGCGUGGCCGAGGCUCGCUUCCUCGUCAUGCCCCUGGCCUUCAAAGGACAAGAACUUCUACGCCAAGAGGAGGACAGCUGGCUGCACGCGGGGCCACCAGGCAACCUGUACCUGGAGCAGGGCUUCCAGCAGCUGAGAUCUGUUCUGAAGCUGCCCCCACAGGAGCCCGCCCUGCAAGAGGCCCAGCAGAGGGCCCAGCUGGUGGGCAAACCCCUGGAAGCCUGGGUGGACCGCACCGUGGGGGCCUUCUGGGUGACCGGGGACCUGUGCUCCACCCUGCCUUCCCCGGGCCCCUGCCCUUCCCUGGGCCCCUGUACCAAGUCCACCUGGAGCUCCCUCGCCCCAGACCCUAAGUCAGAACUUGGCCCUGUCAAAGGUGAUGGCCGGAUCAGGUAGCCCCCCGGACAGGAGG